AGGGUUUAGAGUGAGUUUGUGCAUAUGUAUUUUCCAUAGUAUUGAAAAGAUACCUUUACAAUUAAUUAAUGCUGGAUGUAUAUGCCCUUCAACUUUUGGAUUUCGGCCCAAUCAGUAUUUGGUUUGGACUCCUCUUUCCCGUAUGCCUUGUCUGCCUCCGACUCGGAGUACAAUAAUACGGCAUCCGAUUCGACUCGGAGUACAUACGCGUCCGGGGCGAACACAUUGCCCCAGCCCUUAUAUACGGCCGUGCGUAGGUGGUCGAGUAUCACGUUCUAGCUGUCCUGUUUUGGCAUAUAGUUUGUAGUGAAAGCAGCAUUGCAGCAUAAACUUUCGUCUGCACUCUUGCUGAUCGAUCCAUAUAUAUCGAUUGAGACGGGAGAGGAAGGUAUGGCGAUCGCCGGAGCAAACAUGUGGGCUCUCCUUCUCGACAAAGACCCUGGCCACAGCGCGGCGGCUACUGACCUCGCCGUCGACGUCGUGGAACAAAAGCUCAAGAAAGCCGCCGCCGUCACUGCCGUCAAGGUGGAGGAGGCGCCAUCGGCUCAUAACGUCGCCAAGCCGGCGAAGCGUCUCAACAGUGCCAAGAUGAAUACGAAAAGCGCCGCCGGGUGCAGCAAGCAUGCUGAGCCAGCGUCGGUUGCCACCGCGGAGGGCGGCGGCAAGGUGCAGAUCAACGGCGCGGCUGGGGACAGCAAGCAGGCCGCGGCGGCGGACGACGACGAGGAGCUGACCAACAUGUGGAUGCGCAGAUACUAUUUAUCAGAAGAGGCGAGUAAAGAAAAAGAGGAAGAAGCGAUGUUUUCCGUGGUCGCGGCCCGUGGCGGCCGCCGCCGGACGGUGGCACCGCGGACAGGCAAGCCGACCGUCGCGGAAGACGUCACGGUCACCGGCGCCAACAUGUGGGCUCUCCUCAGCGACGAAGAGACCGCCGAGGUAGAAGAGGCGCCGCCGGCUGAUAACAUCGACGGUGCGACUGUCGGCGUCCGUUCAGGUCCAGGUAAUGGCGCCAAGCCCGCAAAACGUCGCAAGAAGACUAAGACGGCGAAGAAGAAGAAAACAGAGACCCCCGCUGCACCGCCGACUGAACUAGACGAGGAGAUGAGUGAAGAGGAAGAGGAAGAGGAAAUGGGCGGCGAGAUUGCCACAGGCGGCAGCCGCUGCCGGACGGUGGUCUCGCGUGUAUGCAGGGCGUUCGUCGCGGUGGCGCUCUUGGGCCUGUACUGCCGGUUCGCGUCCGCGCCUCCAGUUUAACAUAGUCUGAUAGUCUAGUUCUCUUUUCUUAGUCUGAAUUGUGUCUAGUUUCUAUGAUUUUUCCUUGUUUUUCGGUAGUCUUUUUUGGUCGCUGCGUAA